GCUGGCAGAACCCCCCCCCCCAGCAGGCACCUCUACAGGAAGAUUGCGCAGCAGAAGGCCAGCUCUUGGGGACCUCACAUCCAGGAGCAAGAAUGUCUUGACAGCUCCUCAGGAGGAGGACCCCAGAAGAUCCCCACCUGCUUCCCAGGUCCAGGAUGCUGAACACCGCUCUCCUGCUCCCGAGACGGACAACACUGGAGGAGCCCCUCCGAGGAUCCAGGACCAGGAUACUGAUGGGCGCCCCGCCAAGAAGGACCCCGCUGGAGGAGCCCCCUCAAUGACUGAGGACCAGGAUGCUGAUGGCCGCCUUGCCAGGAAGGCUGCGACUGAAGGAGACCCCCGGAUGACCAAGGACCGGGAUGCUGAUCGCCGCCCCGCCGGGAGGGACUCUGCCAGAGGAGCCCCCCUGAUGACCAAGGACCAGGAUGCUGAUCGCCACCCCUCUGGGAAGGAUGCCGCCAGAGGAACCCCCCAGACGACCCAGAACCAGGAUGCUGAGCACCGCCCUGCUAGGAAGGAUGCCGCCGGAGGAGCCUCCUACAUGACCAAGGACCAAGAGGCUGAUCACCACCCCUCCGGGAAGGAUGUUGCCGGAGGAGCCCCCCAGAGGACUGAGGACCGUGAUGCUGAGUGCCGCUCCGCCAGGAAGGAUGCCACCAGAGGAGCCCCUCACAUGACUGAGGACCAAGAUGCUGAUUGUCACCCCACUGGGAAGGAUGCCGCCGGAGGAGACCCCCAAACGACCCAGGACCAGGAUGCUGAGUGCCACUCCACCGGGAAGGAUGCCAUUGGAGGAGCCCCCCAGAGGACUGAGGACCGGGAUGCUGAGCGCUGCCCUGCCAGGAAGGAUGCCACCGGAGGAGCCCCCCAGAAGACUGAGGACCAGGAUGCCGAGUGCUGCUCCGCUGUUCCAGAAAGGGAUGCUCCAGAAGGAACAACCUCCUUAACUCGAGACUCUGUAACUUCUUACCACCCGCCUGUCCAGAGGAGGGCCCCUCGAAGGGGAAUGGACUCCAGAGCCCUGGAUCUCAUUGCCACGCGCUAUCCUUCUGGGCAAAGAAACAUCAUGGCCAGUGAGUCCAGCACACCCCCAGGAGCGACUUCACCUUCUCAAGCUUCUCCACCAGACCCAGAGGAAUCACCUGGUGAGUCUGCAGGCACAACAAGGGUCCACCCUACAGAUGGUGAGGCAGGGGACGACGACCACAUCUACCUCCGGUACCCACUCCCUACAGGCCUCCUCCUCUGCCCCCUUCUGCCUCCCUGUCCAUGGAGUCCAGACCCUCGGGGCCCUCAGCAAGCACGUUCGCAAGACCUACAACAAACGGAUUGCUUUCCGGUGUAGCCGCAAUGCCCCCUUCGAGACUCAA